UUCGGUGUCUGCGCAGCAUCUGGUCGUAGGUGUUGUUUUUUUUUUUCCAGGUGAAGUCAGAUCCAAACAAAAAUGAAGCGUGCAGGUAGUUGUGUUGUGUUUGUUGUUUUUGUCGCGGGGACGUUGAGCAGACAGCUGAACACGGAAAAUGUCCUGAUCAAUGUGACAGCAGGGACACUGUCAGACACACGGCUUCAGGACUUCAACGACUUACAGAUCAACUUGAACCUGUCAGUGGGUGAAGAGCAGGUGCUGGUUAAUGACAUCCCAGUAGAGCUGUCAGGAGUCACCAGGUUCAGCUGUCAGGCUCUUCUCUUGGACAGCAGCAACAGAAGCAGUGAGUUUGAGUCGGGGAACCUGGUGUCGACAGUGACCCGUGUGAUGGUGAGCCAGAACAGGCUGUACAGCGACUCAGAGGAGGUGCUGGCCCUGCAGGUGUUCAGUGAGGUCAUCGAGAUGGAGGGCCGACAGGUCCAGCAGCCUGACAUGUGUGAGGUGAAGAUCCUGAUGAGUCCAGACUUUCAGAAACUGGCCCAGUUCACCAACAUCUACCCCAUGGGCCACAGUGAGAUCUUCAGGGUUCCCAGAGAGCAGGACGUGGUCGUCACGGACCCACCGAGCUCCAGAACCGAUGAAGAACAGCUGGUCUCCCAGACCACCAGCCAGUACCCCCACACAGAGAAGCACUCUGAGACCACCCAGGAAGAGAUCGCAGCCCCAGGAAAGCUUCCAGAGACCCCCCUGCGCAUGGACCCCGACCUGCUGUCUGAUGUCAUAAACAGUGACGACUACGACAACAGAGGUCCCAGUCAGCUGACCCACAUCAGGAACCAGAACCAGAUGGAAAGUCCACCCAAAGAAGCAGAAUCACCCUACUCUGCUGUGUGUCAGUGGGUGGAGCAAGUCAGGGAGCGUCUGAGGAGCUUCUGCUCCGAGUCACUGCCCCUCUUCUUCCUGGUCAUGUGGGUGGUUGUGAUCGGCGUGGCUGGAUCUACGUUCAUCGUGAAGAUCUUAGACCUGUUCUUCCCGACCUGUGACCACAGGCACAUGUUUGAUCUGGACCCGGUCAGUCUGAUGCCGGAGGAGGAGAAGCACAGUCUGCUGGAGAACAUCCAGACAGAAGCAGCUGAAGAAGACAAGAAGCCGUGAAGAAGACAGACGUGACCAGCUCCUUUCAGUUUGAUCUCAUUUCUUAUUUAAAGUUCUGCUUUCCAUCUGUUUCGGCCCGGUUCUGUUCCUGUGACCCGCUGUAGUUUCACACUUCAAACACAGCUUUGUUGGUGGAGAUCCUCUGUAACCAGGCUGGGUCCACCAUGGAGGAGGAGGUGAAUGAUCCAAGCUCCAGGAGGACCAAACAUGUAGAAGUUAUGUGGUGUUUCCAUGAAAGGCCCAGGUGUUAAACAGAGAACAUCUGGAUGUUUGGUAGCAGCUUUACAAAGUGACAGCACAAGAAAACAGGUUUCACACAGUCCCACCUGAAGUCUGAAGCUUUCUGAUGAUGUCACUCAUUUCUGAGCUGCCUUUUCCAGACCGUGUGUUAGUCCCACAGCUGUGUUUGUUACAGGAUGUCUUCUUCUGUGUCAGCAGGCAGGUCCCAGCCAGGCUCCAACAGGUUGAACACUAAAGCCUCUUUAAAACAGGAAGUGAGAUCUUCUUAAAACAGGUAGAAACAUAAAUAAACACGUCUGACCAUCAGUCUGCUGCUGUUAGGUCUGACUCCUUGUUUCUACCCGCCGACUGUCAGGGAGUGAGAGACGACUUUAAGCUUUCUGAUUUCGCUGACACAGCACUUUCUCACUGCUCAUAAAAACUGUCCACCUCCUGG